CCCGGACGAGUCCCCCCAUCAGUUCGCCUCACAGAGACGCGCCGCCUCCGGGAGGAUUAUCAGUAUUUUUUUUUCUCGUGUUGUGAGCUUAAGAGGCUGCCUCCGUCCUGCCCACUCGAAGACACAAACCCCCCACCAGCCGAGAGUCCUCCAGCGCUAGAGGGCGGGCGGGCGAGCGAGCUUUCCCUCGCCUUGCCGGCUCAGCAACAACAGCAGCAGCAGGGCCCGCGGCGGUGGUGGCUGAAUUGCUGCAGCUGCGGCCCUCGAAGCCGGCCCAGGGUCAAGCCGACUCUUUCCCUCCUCGGCCGUCCCCCGCGUCGGUUCGGCGAGGUGGCUCCAAAGCGCGCAGGCGCUGAACGGGGGGGGCGGGUGAGACGGAGAGAAAGGGAGGAGGACGGCGUCGGCGGCGACGCGUUGAGUUCGCUGCGUCUGGGCCGCCGAGGACCGCAGGUAUCUGAUUAGAUGCAGUUGUAUCAGUAACAAAGGAAGGGUAAACAUGAGAAUAGCAGUAGGAGCUGCAAAAUUGGUGGUAGCGGUAGCUGUGUUCUUGUUGACGUUUUAUGUCAUCUCUCAAGUAUUUGAAAUAAAAAUGGAUGCCAAUCUAGGAAACCUGUUUGCAAGAUCACCUCUGGACCUACCUAUACGUUCCACGAAGCCCCCAAGAUAUAAAUGUGGUACUACAAAAGCCUGUCCGGAGAAUCAUUUUGCUUUCAAAAUGGCAAGCGGAGCAGCAAAUGUAGUUGGACCUAAAAUAUGUGUGGAAGAUAAUGUGUUGAUGAGUGGAGUUAAAAACAAUGUUGGGAGAGGCAUUAAUAUAGCUUUGGUAAAUGGGAAAACAGGGGAAGCCAUGGACACAAAGUACUUUGAUAUGUGGGGUGGAGAUGUAGCACCGUUUAUUGACUUCCUGAAGACAAUUCAAGAUGGAACUAUUGUACUAAUGGCAACCUAUGAUGACGGUGCCACUAAGCUCAAUGAAGAAGCAAGGAAACUAGUUGCUGAAUUAGGAAGCUCUUCCAUCAUGAAUCUUGGCUUCAGAGACAACUGGGUUUUCUGUGGUGGAAAAGGGAUCAAGACGAAAAGCCCAUUUGAACAGCAUAUUAGAAACAACAAAGAUACAAACAAGUACGAAGGGUGGCCAGAAGUUGUGGAGAUGGAAGGAUGUAUCCCACAGAAGCUAGACUGAAGGAAUGGCUGAAUCAACGUGAACAAUGCAAAGAACGAUGGAGGGGAAAAUGCACUUUUAGCUGCUCUUAGGUAGACAGUUCUGGCAGGAGAAUACUGGGUCUGGGCAUAUCCCAUCUAGGGUGGUCUCUUGCACAAGACCCAUAAAAAUGAAUGGGAGCUGUGUGAGAGCAUGUUGAAUUGCCCCGAUUCAUUUAAAUGGGGCUUGCAAAGGAAUAUGUCUUUCUGGACUGUGCCCCAUGUAAAUACGUUCCGAGCAUGUUUUCACCUUAGAAUGUGCAUGAACAUUGUUUUAUUUUUAAUCUGGCUUAUUUAUUGUUGAAACAGAGAGAACUCUCCCCUUCCCUUUUUUUGUAAAUAAGCCUCAAAGAAACAAAAUAAUUACUAUUUCUAAUCAUCUCCUUCCUUCUCUUUCUGUGCCCAUAAUUUUUCUUUUUACUUGUUUCUGAAGCACAAUGUUCAGGUCAUUUUAUGGUAAAUGUAUUUUAGAAUGACCAUCGUAAGCAACUGAAACAUACCUAAAUAAAUAGCUGAACUGAUCCUGAGCUAUGAUGUAUUUUCCUGAAACAAUGACGGUAUUGCUACAAGUUCAUAUCUGUAGUUGGAUGUGUAAUUUUUUAGCAAAAAAAAUUAUAAUGAAAUAUUUUAAUGCUCUAUCUUCUUGAAAGCAGCAUUUUGUGACCCCCUUCAUAUGUUCUAAUAGAUAAAGAUUAAGCGUUUGAUAUUAAAAUGUAGGUCUCCUAUAACAAGCACAAUUAAAUCCUUUUUCUUAAAACCAAA